AGCAACAGUCCGGCAAGGUAAGCCAAAGCCUACGCCUUCUCGCUACACGGUCCAACCUUCGUUUUAGCCUCAAGCAAAAAGUUUCAAAAUGACCCACGACGCUGUUUGGUUCUCUCGUCCUAGAAAGUUCGGAAAGGGUGCCCGCCAGUGCCGCCUCUGUGCUCACCAGGCCGGUCUCAUCCGCAAGUACGGCCUUGACUUGUGCCGUCAAUGCUUCCGUGAAAAGUCAGCUGCCAUCGGUUUCGUGAAGAACCGGUGAACAGUCGCGCACCUGCAUCUUAUAUCAUCGUCCUCUCGUCACGCUUCUUUAUCUUGCCAGA